CACCGACGCUUUAUUCUCUAUUAUCAUGCUCUUUUUGUCAAGCCAUUCGUAACAAGCAUGUUCGUUCGACAGGCUUGCCAAAAAAUGUAUUUUGACAUCACGACACUUCUCUAUCUUAUUCAUUUGAUAUUCAUCAUUUUUUGUAAACACCGACUGCGUUCACCGUAGCUGUCCACGUGUUCAUUUAUUUUGCAGUUUCAUUAUCUCUUUCUAAUUCACUCUAUAGCGUCUUCGUUCCAAUGUGGGUUAUCUACAGGUGAGGAGGAAGGAAACUAGUCGACUCUUUCAUUCUCACGGUGUUCUUAUGAAGCAGCAGAUGUGACGUCACGUCUGUUGCUGCAUAAGAAACCGCGAGGACGAAAAAGUCGAUUAUUUUCCGUCUUCCUCAACUCUUAGUACCACACAUCGUCUUCGUUCAACGUUGUAAGAAAAGAACACGUCUACGUUUUCUAUGGUUAUCGUUGUUUUGCUAUUCUACAGUCGUGAAAAAGUUCUUAGUGUUGUUGUCGACCAAUUUUUACUGUUUCAAGUUAAGAUUUUAAAACAGAUCCUAAACUUUUCAAUCGCAAUGGACGUAUCAGCAUCAUCGAUCGAAAAAAAGAAAUACAGAGAGAUCCUAGCGGAAGGCUGCAUUUCCACGGAAGACGGAUUUGUAUUGUGUGCCAUCGAUGCUGCCAACAGUUGCAAAUACCGACAGAAAGCUGAAAAAUUUGAUGCCGGAAAUUUUAUCCGACAUCUUCGUACAGAACACACCAUUCUGGCCAAAUCACGUGGACUACUUAAAGAUGAGGCGGAAGUACCAUCCAAGAGAAAGAAGGCAUCAAAAAAAAUGAUUGCCAUCGACAGGCAAACAUUUGUCGAAGCAAUAUUGAAACUGGUGACCGUCCAUCACGUUCCCCUGCACUGUGUCGAAUGGGAAGGGUUUCAACUGCUCUUGAAACCCAUUGGUGAAGCACUAAAUAUGUGCAUGAAUCGCCCUAACGUUCUCAGACAUCUAACAGUUGCUGCCACAAAGAUCCGAUCCGCGAUUAGAAGUCUGGUGAACGGAAAGCUUAUAUGUCUAAAAAUCGACAGUGCUUCUCGACAUGGACGACACAUCCUGGGUGUCAACAUCCAAUUUUUUGACCCAGAGCAGCAGCAGGUAGUGAUUCUGACCGUCGGUAAGUGACAGCAUCUUAUCAAGUUGAAACAGGGCGGAUUGCAUCUUUAUAAUUAGGGAGACACUAUUCCAAGUACAGCUUUUUCGUAAAAAGUUUAAUGCAUGGAAUGGGAUAUCCCGUGAUUCGCCGUACAUGUAAAUCAUAGAUUUAUACUCAAAAUAAUUUCAUUUCUUCUUCAGGGAUGAUUGAACUUAAUGAGAGGCACACUGCCAAAUUUCUAAGGUCGAAAAUCGAAGAAAUACUCGCAGGAUACGGCAUUUCACUUGAGCAGAUAUUUUCUAUCACAUGCGACAACGGUGCAAAUAUGAUUGCAGCUGUAAAGCAGUUGCAGUCAUAUUUGCAGGUUAUGAUCCUCUCCACUGAAGACGACGAAGAUGACCCAUCACAAGAGCUACCUGGACUAGACUGGACCGAAGCGAUUGAAGAAGAAUUUUUCAAUCGUAUAACGCUUGUGAGGUGUGCUGUGCACACAAUGCAGCUAGCAGUCACCGAUGUUAUCAAGGCAUGUGAUGCUGACAUCCGUCAAUGUACUACAGUCACAAAAAAUUGCCGCAAGAUAGCUUAUAAACCGGUGUUCGAUCUGCACAACCAAUCGCUCCCACCCCUUUAUGCUAGGACCAGGUGGGGAGGAAUCUUCACGAUGUUGGAGCAUUUCGAAAAGCAUGAGGAUUUCUUCAGAGACUUAGGAUCGCAGUAUCCUGAGCUGGGUUAGUGAAACACGUUAAAAACUGAUAAAAAGUUGUACAUAGAUUUAUCACUUACCAUUUUAAAUUUCAGAUCUUACAGAACAGUGGACAUUCAUUAAGGAAUAUGUUGCAGCUUUCAGACCAGUUUUCUUGGCAACCAAGAACAUGCAAUCCAACCAUACUUCCCUGAACGAUUUUUACUUGACAUGGAUAAGAACCGUGAUGGAUGUCAGUAAAAUUCAAUCUAACCGAUUUGUAGAACCAUUGACGGCUUCACUGACCCAACGUCUCAAACAGUUGAAGGACAAUAUGAUUUUCAAGUCCGCGCUUCUCAUCGAUCCACGAUUUAAUUACCUGAAUUCUACACUGUUCACAUCUGAAGAAAAAGAGGAAGUUCGAGUAAGUCCAUUGCUUUUGUCACUCAAUGAAUGUUGAACCUCCAUUUGUUCUGUAUUUUCUUAUCCUAUUGUUCAGAAAUUCAUCAUUGCAACAUGGGAGCGAAUCAAGCGAAUGAAACCACACAGCGUAGACCAACCAACUCAGUCACCAUCAACCUCUGCAACAGGAUCAGAUCAAGAUCAGCACAGUGAGCUGGAUGCCUUUUUGACACAGAUGUUUGGAGGAAUGCUUCCUGAGUCGGGCUCAAGAAGAAUUCAAACAUCAGACACGUUUCUGAGACAGCUAAAAGCACUUGAUCUCGAGCCUCAUCAACUCUACUCAUUUGAUGUAUGGAAAUAUUGGGUUUCACGAAAAUUCAG